GAUGCGGUAAAGGAAGUGCAAAGAGCACUGGACAUGUGUAGUUGCGAAACACUCAACGCUCUACUGGAAUCUGAACAAUUGUCGGGCAAAGCAAGAAUGAAAUUAAUAAACGAUCAACGAUAUUUACUUAUAUGUAAUCGUGAUAGGGAGAAGUAUUUUGAAGGAUACAGAAAGCGUAGGAACAGAAGGAAGUGCAUAAAAGCAAUCCAGAAAAAUAACGUCGACUUCUUGACCUUUGUCGUAGUCAUAUUUAUUUACUCAUUGGUUUCUGUUCUGUUCGCUUCUUGGGCGAACUUUAUGGAGUGGUAUCAUAUGCUUCUGAUUGAGAUAGCAGUAGCCAUCGUAAUGGUUGUGGGUGUAAUGAUUUGUUGUUUCAAUUGUAGAGGAAAGCAAGGACGAAACGAAUUGGAUGAAGUUACUUGCAAGAAGAAAAAUGGACGAAACGAAUUGGAUGAAGUUACUUGCAAGAAGAAAAAUGAUUCGACAAGUUCCUGUUGUAUCAACGUCCAAAAAGAUGAAGAGGAGUGUGGCGAAUCUAUGCGUUUGUUAAAAGAAGUACAAACUUGAAUGUCGAACCAAAUACGUGUCAUCUUUACCUUGUAUAACAGCCGAUAGGUGUUUGUUUGUCUGUAUAUUUUAAUCACUAACAUAAUUGAUGUAUGCUAUGUGUACUAUGUUAUGAAGUAUUUUCCUUUUUCACACAAUAUGUAAUCAGAUUUUUAUUGGUCUAGAGUUUCUUGUAAAUAAAAUCAAGAGUUCUCUUU